UGUCACAGUCCCACCAUGAAUAAUCAGGCGCACUAAUAAAUAACACGGGUUUUAAAAUGGUAGAUUGACUGGAGUCAUUUAAUGUAUAUAAAAAGGAUUGCAAUAAUCGAUGAAUUAAUUUUACAGAAAAGGCUGUGACGGGGGUGGAAGUGACGGGGGAGGGUUUCCAGCGCCGAGUUUCAGGGGUCUGUCAUUCACACAACGCCCGUCCUGCAGGGCUCGUUCGUGGGCAGGAGAGACGGUGCUUGUACACACCAUAGAGGUGCUAACAGCAGACAACUGCCGCUUCUCACACUCAACAAACAGAUUAUCCGCAAGACAGCUGCUGCAUGCGCAGUGGACGGCCGCCUUCUCCGCUCACUCCUGAACUUUGCAAAAUUAGACCUCACAUCACACUGACUAAUCGAAUCCCGACACCUGAGCCGAGACAGCGAGCUCUGCAGAGGAUCCCCGCGGCUGCUAAGAAAUUCAAUUCCAGCGAAACGUCCGCUGGCAGCCAGGGGCUUUUCUCUAAACUCCCCCAGGGCACGGCUGUGCUAAUACCAGACUCACCGGAGCGGUUCCACUUCAUCAGACGUUGUCGCCGCUGGUCAGCAGGAUCCCAUCAUGACGGACGCGGUGUUUGGGAACAGUUCGGACCGCUGGGUCUGUCCCAACGACAGGCAGCUCACCCUCCGAGCCAAUGAAAAGGAACAGAUCGGAACGGGGUGGUCAGUCCACUCCAGCCAGACCGAGAGGCAGAGGAAGAAUGAGGAGCUGACUGAUGAAGAGAAGGCGAUCAUCAACAGCGUGAUCGCCAGGGCUGAGAAGAUGGAAGCCAUGGAGCAAGAGCGCAUUGGGCGGCUGGUGGAUCGUUUGGAUGACAUGAAGAAGAACGCAUUGGGGGACGGGGUCUCGCGCUGCGUUCUGUGCGGGGAGCAGCUCGGCAUGCUGGGGGCCGCCGCUGUCGUCUGCGAGGACUGUAAGAAGCAUGCCUGUACAAAGUGUGGAAUUCAGUGCAGCAGUCGACCUGGCUCCAUAUGGUUGUGCAAGAUCUGCAGUGAGCAAAGGGAGGUGUGGAAGCGCUCUGGGGCCUGGUUCUUCAAGGGCUUGCCCAAACAGGUCCUGCCCUCCCCGAUGCCAAUCGGUGAGGCGAAAGAGCCGAGGGAAGUCGGCACCGCUGAGCUCCCUGUUCAGGAGCAGAGACCCAGCAGCUAUCCGCGGGCACAGGGCCAAGGACCAGCAGAGGCUCCCCCUCAGCUCACAGAGCAGCAGCCCCAAGGUGAGCCAGAGGAGAGGAGAGCUGGGGGCAGGAGAUCAGUGAAAUCUCGCGAUGCCAGCCACCACGAGACUGAUCGAGGGGGAUACAGCUCAGAGGAGGACGGGGCUGUCGGUGCCUAUCGAGGUGCCAGGAAAGGAAUGAGACCACAGAGGUCCGAGGCGGGCACGGAGAACACUGGCAGAGGAGGCUACCCCCCGGUGGCCCGGAAGCCUCAGGAGCUGCGCUCCGCCCCGAGUGGGAGCGAAUACGGCACGGGGGAUCCCGAAGGCCGAGACGCCUACCACAACGAAGCCGAAAGUGAGGUCAACAGGAGUCCUGUAGCUGCAAAGCGAGCCAAUUCUGUCCAGGCCUCCAGACCAGCUGCAGCCCCCUCUGCAAUGGCUCAGCCAGGUGGCAGAGCAGCUCAGAACCCAGUUUCUCGAUACGCUGAACAGAAGCAAGGAGGUCAGCCCAUGGCUCCGGGACAGAUGGACAGCGGCUAUUCGAUUGUGCCACAGCGGGACGACAGAGCUGCCGCCCCAGUCAAGGAGGAGAGGAGGCAGCCGGCCCCUUACACCCCUGUCUCGGCCCCCCCAGCACAAGCCCCGCCAGCCCGGCACCAGCCCCCUCCUCCUCCCCCUGAGGAGGACGAGGAAGAGGCCAACAGCUACGACUCGGACGAAACCACAACGCUGGGUGCGCUAGAAUUCAGCCUGCUGUAUGAACAGGAGAGCAGUUCAUUGUACUGCACCAUCAUAAAAGCCAAGGGAUUGAAGCCCAUGGACUCCAACGGACUGGCAGACCCCUAUGUCAAACUGCACCUGUUGCCUGGAGCCAGUAAGUCAAACAAGCUGCGCACCAAGACUCUGAGAAACACUCGCAAUCCCACCUGGAAUGAGACUCUGGUUUACCAUGGGAUCACAGACGAGGACAUGCAGAGGAAAACGCUGCGAAUCUCUGUGUGUGACGAGGAUAAAUUUGGACACAACGAGUUUAUUGGAGAGACCAGGAUGCCCCUGAAAAAGCUGAAGUUGAACCAGAAGAAGAACUUCAACAUCUGUCUGGAGAGAGUCAUCCCUAUGAAGCGUGGAGGAACAGCAGGCUCUUCACGAGGCAUGGCUCUCUAUGAGGAAGAGGCAGAUCACAGUGGAGAGGUGGAGGAGCGGGGAAGGAUCCUGGUCUCUCUCAUGUACAGCACUCAGCUGGGGAGGCUGAUUGUGGGCAUCAUCCGCUGUGUGCACCUGGCAGCCAUGGACGCCAACGGCUACUCGGACCCCUUCGUCAAAAUCUGGCUAAAGCCAGACAUGGGGAAGAAGGCUAAAAACAAGACCCAGAUUAAGAAGAAGACUUUGAAUCCUGAGUUCAAUGAGGAGUUUUUCUAUGACAUCAAACACAGUGACCUGGCUAAGAAGUCUCUCGAUAUCUCAGUGUGGGAUUAUGAUAUUGGCAAAUCCAACGAUUAUAUAGGAGGAUGCCAGCUGGGCAUCACAGCCAAGGGAGAGUACCUGAAGCACUGGUAUGAGUGUCUGAAGAACAAGGAUAAGAAGAUUGAGCGCUGGCACACCCUUGUGAACGCGAACCACGUCUCUAGCGACUAGAGGCCCUGCAUGAGCAACGCCGCCUCUUUCUCUCGCCGUCUCUCCCAACCCUGUGCUCCGUUUUCUACAGAGGUCUUGUCUUCCAGUGUACCUGCUCUCCCGGGAACGCUUCUGUCCGCUCAAGUCCUUCCCACCCUUGUAGGCUUCCUCUCAGCUGAACAUCAACAAAGGGGUUUGCUUUCUUCUGUUUGAAGAAGGAAAAAAUCGAUUGGUCAUUUUAUUUGUGUAAACAUACAUGUUUAUAUUUAAUCUCCACUACAACAGUAAGGCAGUGACUGGGCUAAAGGGUAAUUGUAAUGGAAUAGCCAGAAAAUGUAAAUGGUGUUUAAACAGAGCACUGUGUUUUUAGCAAAUUAGGUUUACUUUAAAACCUGUGUCUAGUAUGCAGUUUCUAUAAUUUUGCUCUGCUGUAAUUAUGGAUGGACUACUAGAGAUCAUUACUUUUCAGGGCUUUGCAACCGCGGAAAUCUUUGUUUUCUUUUCUUGAUACACACAGUAUAAAAACAAAAGUAACUUGUUUCUUCCGACGCAAUAUUUAUAUGUUACUUAUGUGCUGUAUGGGUACAGUUUGCUUUCCUAGCAGCGCUCCAGAACAGAUUUGAAAGAUUCACUUUGACGGGAGUGACUGGUUUAGCAGGGAGAUGGAGUUUCUCUCAAUGUUCUGUCUCAUACUGCUUUGUAUUAAAAGAUCUUCGUCUUCCGUUUUAUGAUUUUGAUCGUAGUGUUUCUGCAAAAGCAUUAAGCACCUCUAUUACCGUUUUAGAUUUCAGCCUGACCUCUAAAGGAGAGAACAGUCCUCUCUCUACGUUUACAUGUACAAGGAAUCAAUCCUCUUUUAAAUGAUUGUUUUGAAUCCGAAAUCUAUUGGGUUUGGAAACAUCAGUGCAGAAUAUCGAGAGGAUUUGGGAAUGGACUCAUUGCACAGGUAGUUUGAAUCUGAUUAGAUUGUGCAUAUACAUGAGCUACAUAUCUGGGUCACCCUCCCAUCAGGCCCUCUUGAAAUCUGUUCAGGAUCUCUGUUGAAACUUAGAAACAGUGGUGCAAAACGUUGUUAGUUGCCAAAUGUAAAAUUUAGCUUAGAAGUGCAUAAGUGUCGGUACAAUCGCUGGGAGCGAUAUGAUAUUGAGAAAAAAACUAAACAAGGUCAUUGUUUACAUUCAGAUUGCAAAUGUUUUCACCUCAAGAUAUCUUCAAACUGCAUAUUUCCCCUGCUGCUAUAUAAGGGUACCAUAUUCCAUGGCUUUGUUUGAUUAUCUCCCUGUAAUCAUGCCUGGCAUGUGAUGUCCCGUUCAGAAACACUGGCAUGGAUAUAUAGACCUACAGUCCCAUGCUCUUUGGAAAGACGUAACCUAUACAGAGGGAGUGUAUAUUCGUAUUGGCACUGUCCUACAUCCCACUCACAAUAUUUAACAUUAUUUACAAUGCAUAGAUUUUUUUCAUUUUUUUUCUUUUGUAAAAUGUCAAUUUGUAGAUAAUCCUUAACUCCUGUUGGUUGUGCCUGAAAUUUGCAGGUGCCCUCUUGCAGGUCACCCCUGGUACCCACUCUGGCAACUCCACUAAAGAGCUACUCUUUGGAUACUUUCUCCUGUUUUGACACACAGCCGUUACGGAUCCAGUCCCCCCACCCUGCAGUGAGAUGAGAUGAGGUUAAAAGCUCUAGAACCCCAAAUGCAAAAGGGCCCGUCUCGGUUGCAUUGUGGUUACUGUUUGCUUGUGGUGCACACCCAGCACUCCUCCCUGUUACAUUACCA